UGUACAGUAGGGCUAUGCUUUCCUAAGACUAUGCUACUUACUUUAUGGAAUUGACAGAGAAAAUAAACGUCUUUCGUACACAUCACUGAUACCAAUUCACAGCUUAUCACAGUAUUCCGUGGGCGCCAUCAUAUGCAGACAAGAUUCCUUCAUUCAACUGGUGAAGACUGAGGGAAAAUCUAAUCAACACUGACGUGUAAUGAAGAUCAGCUUAGAAUUAAUAUAUAUGUGUGAAAAGUGUGUCAGAAAACGUGCAUUGGAUGCCCAACUGUGUAAUUGUGAACUGACUGGUUCAGAAUUACACAUUGUCAAGACGAUCAUCUGGAAAGAAAAGGCUGUGAACCAGUCUUAUCUUAACAGUCAAACAGUGAAUAUUCAGACAAUAGUGAGAAAGAAGAAUUUGAAGGCUGCUUAGACAUUUUCUCUUGGGAUCAUGGAUGGCUGGGGUGCAAUGUUUGAUGACUCGGGGUCCUUCGUUGGGGACACACAGGGUCAAGUAGGGGCCACAGCAGCCCCACCACAGACAGGCAUGAAACGACAGUCCGAGGACGGCUAUGGAGGCUACGACUAUGAUGGGGAUGGCUAUGCUGCAAAGAAGCCAAAACAAGAAGGCUACGAUGAGAGUGGCAGCUGGGAACAACAACAGGAACCAGGUUCCUGGGACGAGAUGGCCUAUACUGGUGAGUCAUCGUGGGAAGCAUUAAAGAGUACAGGAGACACGGUUGAAACCAAGGAUGAAUUUGCCAACUUUUCAGAGAUAACAUCCUGGGACCAGCUGAAGCCAUCUGAUGGCAGUAGUGGAAGGGCUGGAAAAGGGGGGAGGGGUUAUGGACAAGGGGCUGGGUCAUGGGGAGGUCAACAGAGAGGCAGAGGAGGUCAGAGAGGCGGGAAUUCUUCUGGAGGGUAUAGUGGGGGUAGAGGGGGUGGCUUCAAUAACCGUGGAGGGGGAUUCAACAGGGGCGGCAGGGGAGGGGGCUUCAAUAACAGGGGAGGAGGUUUCAAUAACAGGGGUGGGGGAUUCAAUAGAGGUGGAGGAGGCGGUCGUGGUGGAUUCAGAGGGGGAAGCAGCUUUGGGCAUGGAGGAGGAGGAGGAUUUGGUGGAGGAAGAUCAAACCAAGGUUUAACUUUAGUAGAGAAGUUUGAGAAGUAUCAGUCAUUCCUGACGGCUGAGACAUCACGUAUCAACUCCAUCCAGUCCCUGGAAAACGCAGUGAACAGCACCCAGCUCUUCCUCAAGUGUGAUUACGCCGUGGUGGAAAUGCCACGCAUUUACAACAGAGCUGUGUACACCGGUCGCCUGGCCAUCAGUGGGAUAUUCCUGGCCCGGUGCGUGGGUCUCAACAAGAAGGAGUUGAAACACGAGGUGUAUGAUAAGGCUUACAAGGUGCUCACCACCCAGACCUUGGCUGUCAUUAACGACCUGAGAGACCCAGGGGCAGACGUCGUCCGAGUAUGCAUAGAGCGUGAGUUGAAGCUGUGUGGGCCUCACAAGUUCAUCGAAGGAGGCAGCAUGCCAGUGAACCAGAGGGUCGGGGAGGUCAUACAGAAGGUGGCCAGUGGGCUCGAGACAAUCUCUGUCCUGGUGGCUGGACUUGAGAAACUCAUUGCCUAUCUCAAGUCGACAGUGAACUUGCCUGACAACCCGAUCUCCAAGCUGGAGCAGGCCAUGAUAGCCUCCAAGUGUGGCAUGGUUCACUUGUACAAGUGUGACAGCAAGGAUGAGAAUGGAGUGCCGCUGUAUGUGGGGGAAUACAUGUUAGAGGACACGUGCAUAGCUAGAGCCAGCAACGUGAACAAGAAGUCAGUGAAGUCCGAGACGUACACCCAGGCACUGGAGGCCCUGUACUCCAAGACUCUCCUGGAGCUGAUCAUUCCCGUCGUCGAGGAGACCAACCAGAACGAGGAGGAGGAGGAGGUUCACAAUGAGGCUGUUGUCACCGGGGUCCUCCAGGCCAAUGUGGAUGGCCCUCCCCCGGUGGUGAAACCCUCUCUGAUAGAGGCACCCAUCAUGGACAGGCUGCUCAACCUGUUUUCUACUGUCUCCAACUCUGCAUUCACCAAAAACAACGUGACUCUCAUUGACAACUGCCUGACUAACAGUGGCCUCACCGCCGUGUGUGUCUACAAGAAAGUCAGCCCGGAGUCUAAAACAUGUGACCUGUGUGAAUUCUACGUGGACCAGUACCUGAUUGCAACAGGUAGAGGAAGUUCCAAGGCAGAAUGUGAACAGGCUGCAUACAACUCUGCGUACAACAUGCUGUGUAGAACUUCCCCAACUGAUAUUGUGUCUAAUCAUCCAAAGUUGCCGCCCCAAGAAACAACAGAUCCCCUUCUGCUCGAGACCGAAUGGAAGGGCGUCCUCCCAGUGACGACCGAGUCCAACGCGGACGCGCUGCGCCAGCACGGGUUUGAUCCUGACGUCCUCACAUGCAGCCUGGGAGACAUGGUGCUGGUUGAGGAGAAAAUGUGGACAAAUGAUAGACGCACCGCUGCCUUCGCCAUCCUACAGAAUACGUGCAACCUGAACGGGCUGCUUCUGAAGUGGACCUUUCAGAACCUCAAGAAUGCGGCCACGAAGAACUAUAAAUAUGAGGCAAAACCACUUGGAAAAUACAAGUGUGUUGUCUACGUGAAGGACCAAGAGGUUGCACAGUUUACAGGGUUUGGGAAGAACAAGGUGCGCACGGUAGCCUGCGCAGACUACCUGUUCCGUCUGGUGGAGCACAGACCUGUCCUGCAGGUGGUGAAGACUGAUGAUCGAAUGGUCUGGAUUCCACUGGCCACGCUGAGUAUGGAAGCAGAAUCCCUACGUAAGGCGUCUGCAAACUCUCCAAACAAGCCUCCCCAACCUGUCAACUUCCUGGUCCAAGCCGUCCUGGCGCGCGUGAAAACCUUUCUUCCAAACAAGGAUGGGAAAGAGCUGAUAUUUGGACCUGGAUUUUCCGACAUUGACAAGCGAGCAAUCUGCGGAGAGGUCAAGAAACAGGGAUUGUUUUAUGAAGAUCGUUUUGACAAGGGAGAUAACUAUUUCGUGAUCUAUGAUAAGCUGGACAUUCGUGACGUUGCUCUGCGGUUGAAAACACAGCCUCCAAACACGGUGUUCCGAAAGUAUAUACUUGUCCCAACGUCAAGUCUGCCCAAGUACUCGGACAUUAACAAGAAAGAACUGUAUCACAUGUGAAAUUGGCAGGGUGGGGUAUAAAUCUCACACAUUUUAUAUGACAAGAAGAAACUGUAUUAAAGGAAUUUUCUUCUUGAAGUAUUGAUAUAUGUUUUGAUAUACCGGUACUACUGUAUUUUCAAUGAAGUAUUUAGUUGAGAAUCUAGCAUAAGUGCUCACAAAUGACUUGCCAUGUGUAAUAUUUUAAUGAAUUUUUGGUAAGCUUACUGUCAGGUUAAUUUGUCUGACCUAGUUUAAGGAAGUGAGAGUUGAACAUGCCCACGGCAUCUACUGUUAUGGGUCGUAGGUUUGGUCGAGUAAGAUAAAUUUAAGUACUUUUACUAGUAUUAGAAAAAGAUUGCAGGAAGUAUUUUGUAUACAUUACUGUAAAUGAUGAGUGUCAAAGAUAAGUACAAAGUACUUUUUUUCUAUCUUUCAUACUGAAAUAAAAUACUUUUUAAAAUUG